CUUUCAUCAAUACACCUUUUCACUUUUUCCAUCUUUUUGUUCUUUUUCUUUUUUUUCGCCGCCGAUACGACGAUACAACCCGCCGCCGACUCACCUACACAAUUAAAAUGGCGGAACGUUAUCAACACAACAGAAGAUGUCAUUGACGCUUUUUCAUUGUUUACGAUGUGUAAUCCAAUUUAAUAAUACUUUCUGCUGGAAUCGUUUACGUUAAUAUACCUGACAAAUGUUUUCCCGUAAACGUUCCAUUAUUGACGAAGGCUAAAAUGACGAUGUGCAUACUUUUCGAUUGCAUCGAUUUUAGCCGUACAAACGAUUCCGUCGCGGCAGCAGCAACCGUGUUAAUUGUUUUUGCGUGUAACUAAAUAUUAUCGCACAACUGAACACCCAUUGUUUCACGAAGUUCCUCAGGUCUGUUUUGCAAGUUAAUGUUAAAAAGGUAAGUGCACAACCGUCGCGUAAGAUAUCCCGUCUGUCCGCAAAACCGUACAUUCUUAAUUGACCAGUCGGAAUGUCCGUGGGUGUUUAUUUAACAGCAACAAUGGUGUUUUCAGGUACAAUGACAGUCUUCAGCCAAUAAGAUUGGUUACGGACCAUCUAACCGAACGGCUGAAUCUCGAUAGUGCGUUUGUGUUACCGACAAUCAAUUCGAGUACAGUAUCGUUUGAACCUAAACCGACCAAAUUGACGAAAAAGAACCGGCCGACCACUGGACAACAUAUUCGGCUUGCGGCCAAAAAUAAUAAUCAGAAUGACGUGACAACGAUGAGCAACAAUCUCAUGUUUCGAAGUAUGUUUUUUAUGAACGAGGAAGCUAGACAUUUCUUGGCGCCGCCGAUUCAGUUGACCACAACUGACGGAGAAUAUUUUACACGUAAGACUGGUAAUCCAAAUUUGAAUACACAUCAUCAACAACAACAGCAGCAAGCAGUUGCUGCGCUUGUAAAUCACGAUUCUAGUUCUAGUGAAAUCAAACCGUUACAAGUGAGUCUUUUCUUAGCAACGUUUAAUGGAUUAUUAUUAAGUGGACUUACUUAUCAUAUUUUAUAACUAUUUAGCCACCCAAAGCUCGCCCUCACGGUUGUGAAGAGUGUGGCAAAACGUUUUUAAUGAAACAUCAUUUGUCGACUCAUAUGAGAGGUCAUACCGGUGAGCGUCCUCAUAUUUGUCCUGAAUGCGGUAAAACCUUUGCUCUCAAACAUUGUUUGAGUACUCAUUUGCUAUUACAUAGCUCCGAAAGACCGUACAAAUGUAUGGAAUGCAAUAAAAGCUUUACUUUAAAACAUCAUUUGGUUUGUACUUCUUUCACCUAAAAAAAAAAAAUUACCAAAAAUACCAUGUUGUUUUUAUUUAUAAUCAUUUUUUUUUUUAAAUUUAGGUAAGUCAUGAACGAGUACAUACUAGAGAUAGACCAUUCGAGUGUCCAGAAUGUCGUCGUAGAUUCCCCCAAAAACGUCACUUAACUACUCACAUAAAAUUCCAUUCCGGAGAACGACCGUAUUCUUGUUCUGUAAGUACAAUGUAUAAGAAUAAUCAUGGAUAGGGUUGACAGAAAUAUACCUAAAACAAAUUGUUUAAAUGUGUAAGUUGUUACACCUUACAAAUUACCAAAAUAUGCUUUAAAAAAAAAAAAAAAUAAUAAUUUAUUUUAAUAUUUCAGAUUAUUUAUAUUUUAUAGUAUAAAUGAUUUAUAAAAAAUAAUGGUAUAGUAUUUUGAUAUUUGAAUUUCUUUUUUCAUCUGAACAUUAAACAUAAUUUAAAUUUUUUCCUGUUAAAUACUGAUGUUUAUAAAUCUUGAAUAAUUAUUUUGUGAUUCUCAAUCUUUUGAGUUGAACAUAUCUAAAAUAAUUACAGUCUUUUAUAUGUUCUUAAAAUUUACAAAAUUCUAAAUCAUUUUGCAAAUUUUUGAGAUUUAGGUUAUGAAACACCUUAGUAUUAGCUAACUAUUUUAAUUUUGACCAACUAAUAAAAGUAUGGAAAUGCAAACAAAUGUUGGCCCUAGCACAUCACUGGUUGUGCGAGGUAAAUAAUCUUCCAGUAUAUUAAUAAAUAUGUGUUUUUCCAUAAUUAUCUUUAAUACGGAUUCCUAAGUCUGAUUAGCUUAUCAAAAUUACAUUAUAAUUAAUUCAAUAAUGAUAUUUAUUUAUUUCAUCGAAAAACUAUUCUAGUUUGUUCAGUACACGCAUGCCAAGAACAAUUUAUCUAUUUGGAAAAUAUUUACUCUGCGAGACUGAAAAUUUCUUACUUUACAUUUUUUUCAAUUUCAUUUUCUUUUAAUUCUCAUUAAAAAAAAACAGACGGAAUAUUGGUAUUCCAAAUAAAAUAUAUAUUAAAUUAUAAAAAAUAAAAUUAUAAGUAUUAUUAUUUACAAGUACCAACUAAAAGUAAUAAUUUAAAUAUAUUUCAUAUUAUGGAAAAAAUUUCAUGAUCAAAUGUAAAAAAAAAUUACGCAAUCAGUGACAGACUAGUCAUGAACCUCUGUUAACGGUGUUAUAACUAAAAUUGAACCUAUAGGUUUGUGGUGAAACAUUCUCACGUGAAGAACAUUUAGUCAUGCAUUCGAGAUUCCAUGGUGGAACACAACCAUUUGUUUGCCCUGAUUGUGGUGCUGCAUUCCUGCGUAAAUUUGAAUUGGUCAAUCACGAACGACAACAUGGCCGUAUACCAGAAUCGUGUCCUGCUUGUGGCAAAGAAUUCUUGCAGAGACGUACUUUAUUGGUCCACGUAAGAAACUGUGGCCUUAACUCAUCAACACCAGUACAUAGAUCUCCUUAUACCGCAACAGCGAGCAAAGCAUGCCGGUACAUUUAUUGAAUAUUUAUGGGGUUUGGAUUCAAAGGAAAAUAUCUAUUUUGGAAAUUUGAUUACACUUAAAAAUACAUUUUUACUUGAUUCUCUUUUUUAAAACAAUACUAAAAAAUUAAAAAGAAGUAAAAUAAUUAAAUAGGAUUUAUAUAUUUUCUUUAAUCAUAUUUGUUUAAUAGUGUAACGAAACUAUGUUUUUCACAUUUGCUGUGAAAACUCUUAGUCCUAGAAAAAUUGAAAAAUGACCUCCCUUAAGUAUCUUCCCAGUCAAAUUAUCUUUCAAAAAGAUUGUUAUCAUUAUAAAUUAGAGCCAAAUUAUAGUUAGAAAAGUUUUGCACAGAAAAAAAGGUGGCCAUAAUAUAUUUUAACUAAUACCAACAUUUCUUAUAUUUUCUCGUUUUUCCUUUAAUUUUUUUUCUUAUUUUUAAAAUUUGAUGAGAAAAUUAAAAAAAAAUCUCGCUAAAGUACCUUGCUAGUAAAAUUUCCUUUUAGAAACAUUGCUAUCAUUGUAAGUUGGAGCAAAAUUACUGGUAUGAAAAUGUGCCCUGAAAAAAAAAUGUUAUACAUUUCAUACAUAUUUCAGUUUUUUUUUUAAUAUUUCCGCUUUUGAUGAGAAAACUUGUGAAAAUCAAAAAAUGACCCCUCUAAAGUAUCUUCCCACACCAAAUUCCUUUCUGAAAAGGUGCUACACUUCAAAAUCUGUGCAAGUCUUUUGGUAAAAAAGUUGUUUAUAGAUUAAAAAAAAGAUAAAAUAAAAUAAAACAAAACAAAUUAACAUGUUUGUAAAACUAAAAGCUUCUUCACUCCACUCAGAAUCUAAAAAUAAAACCAAUUUAUCACAAUAAUUUUAUACUUAUUUAUAAUUCAAUAAUUUUUAAUGUAUACGAAAUGAAAAUAUUUUAAAUUUGUUUUUCUGAAGACAGAAAAAUGUUUUAUCAAACAAUUAUAGUAUUAUUAGUUUAAAACGAUACAUUUGCCUUGAAAUCCAAACCUAAUUUUUUUAUAUUACUUAAAAUUAAUUAACGGUAUAAAUAUUGUUAUAAAAUGUUUACAGUGAAUGUGGUGAAACAUUUGCUAGCGAUGAAGGUCUAGCACUUCACAUGCGAUUACACAUUGGCGAUCAUAGUUUUCUGUCUGAUAUCUGUAGCCUAGCUGCCACUUUGAAACAAAGUGUACAAGGCGUAUCAAAUGGUAUUGCUAAUGUACAAAAUCAUCACCAGUCCCAACAUCAAACUGGUGUUGUUGCAAAUAAAAAGUCUCAUUAUUGUGGAGAUUGUGGUCGUGGCUUCACCCAAAAACAUGGCUUGCAACAACAUCACGUAAAAUAUCCAAAUGCAACAUGUAAAGACAAACCAUUUUCAUGUCAAAAAUGUGGUAAAAGUUUUAUGCAAAAAAAUCAUCUUGUGCUGCAUGAAAGACAACAUAUGGAUCCGCCACCAUCUAGAAACCGUAACGCUACCACCACGGCUGUCCAGUCAAUACAACAUAUACAGACUGACCAGGUUGGCUUACAACCCACUCCUUUACAUACGACUAUUUUGGGAUUACAACCUAUUAGACAUAUUCAAAGUUCAGGUAGUCAACCCCAACUUUUAAGACAUCCAAGUGAGGCCCAUUCAGGGUCUUAAUAACUGCAUUGGUUUAAAAUUUUAUUUUAAAAGUCUUUAAAAACUGUUAGUUUUUUUUAAAUCUUAAAUUACAGUUUUUUUUUUUUUUUUUGAAUAUUGUGAAAUUAAAUUUUGAAACAUACUUAAUAUCAGUACUAGUGAUUUCAUUCAUAGAACAAGGUUAAAAUAUUUUUUGACGGCCUUAGUGUAUAUUAUUUUAUGCACAAAUAUAAUACUUACAAUUUUAUUUUUGAUCGAAAAAUAUUUUAUCAGCAGAAUUCCUAACGUUUUAUGUCUUAACAAGUUUUUUUCCUUUAGAUUUUAUUUCUCGCUUGCUCUUUAAGUAUACAUGUAAUUCAAUUGUAUAUUAUGAUUUAUAUAUUAUAUUUGAAAGGAUAAUUGUAAAAAAAAAAAAAUGAUUCUUUAUUAAGAUUAGAUCUAUUUAUUUAUAAUGAAAAUGUAUUAAUAUUUAACAUGAAUAUAUUGUAUGCUAUCCAAAAGAUUCAUUAAUGGUUGAAUUGAUAUUUAAUAUAUUCAAGUAUGAGUAAAGAAAUUCUCAGUUAAUUAUUUUGCAGAAAUAUUUGACCUGGAAAGAAUUUCUUAUUUAUAUUUGUUUGUGUAAUUAAUUUUAAAGAGUAAAAUACGUCCUUGUGUUGAAAGUACAAUCAUGUACCAACCAAUAUUAAGAGUUUGUAAAUGUUGUGAUUUUUUUUUUCUUUAAACAUACGUAUAUAUUUUUUUCUUUUAUAAUAAUACCUAAUCAAAUUAUGUGUAGUAGACUUAUUAGAUGAAAAAUUAAAUUAAGUUAAUAUUUGAUUAAUUUUGCCGGAUGUUAUAGUGUAGUAGCAUAUUGAAAAGAGGUUAAUUUUUAUGUGUGUAUUAUUACCUAAUAAAUAAUAAUACACACAAAUACAAGUGUAAUAUAAUAAUUUAAAAACCCCAUGUUUUAAUGGGUGCUACUAAUAUGAUGUAAAAAAAAAAAAAAAUACUUCUAUAAUUAUUUUAUUUUAUUACUAUUUGAAUUUUUUUUUUUUUUUUACUUGUACCAAUUAAAUGUAAAUAUUAAAUAAUAUAAAUUAUACAUAUAUAAAUAUAUUUAUACAUAUGUAUGGAACAUACUAAAAUAUAGACAAAUUAGCACAUUUUAAUAUUGCUAUUUUUUUUUUAUUUAAAUAAAUAUUCUGUAGGUUAUAUAACAAAAAAAAUUGUAUUACAUUAAAAGACAAUUUUAUAAGGAAAAUAACAAGUUUUAAUAAUAAUUGAUUGCCACCCGUUGUUACCAAACUACAUAAUAUAAAAUAUUAUUUAUUCAUGUAGCUUGAUGUGAGUUUGGUUCCUGAAGUGUUUUUUUUUUUAAUAAUUACAAAUGAUAAUAGAAAUAUUAAAGAAUUAAAUAUAAUAUCUUAUUUAAUAGAAAAAUGUUUAAAUUUAUUAAAUAGAUACUUAAAAUUUGUCUUACCAAUAUAAAUAAAAUUAUGUAGUUCACAAAUAAUAAUAUCAAUUUGUUAUAACUUAAUACCAUAAAAAUUGACAUUUACACAAUUCAUUUUGUUCAAAUUUACAUUUUAUUUGUUUUAUAUGACUAAAUAUUAACUAAACAUGAUUUUUUUUGUACAUAUUUUCAACAUUAGUUUAAAAAUCAUAAAAUAUUAUAAAUAUAAAAACUAAGCAGAAC